UGCUCGGCGCGGAGGGAAAGACUCGCUCAGACUCACCGCUCAUCGUCAUGGCGACGCCGUCCAAGUCGUCGGGGAGCUGCACCAAGGUGGCGCUGGCGCUGUUGGCGCUGUGGUCCGUCGUCUCGCUGGUGGUCAUCGUGGUGUGGUCCACGUCUCCGGACCUGAAGGGCUCGGCCCGCUGCCGCCAGGAGCUGCAGGAGAACACGGAGAAGUUGGAGGGGGCCAAGGUGGUGUGGGGCAAGGACAGGGAGGCGCUGGAGGAGCAGCUGGAGGAGGCCAGGCGCCAGCAGCAGCUCCAGGAGGUCCGCGUGGCCGCGCUCCUGGGACGACUCGACGCCGCCAACGCCACUCUGGAGGCCUGCCGUGGCCAGAAGGCCGUCCUCCUGGCCAACAUCAGCAUGCUGCAGGAGGAGGCGGAGCAUCUGAUGCAGGCGCAGGUCAACCUGACAGUCCAGCUGCAGCAUCAAGAAGAGCUGGCGGAGGCGUUGCAGCACAACCUGACUCAGGCCGACCACCACACCGAGGCGUGCGUCAGCCUCAAGGCGGCCGCCGACAGCCUCGUCAUGGCGGCGCAGGCGCAGACGCGUGCCUGCGAGUCCAACCAGAAGUACCUGCACAAACAGCUUCUUAAGUGUAAAGGGGCGGAAUCAAAAACACCCGCGCCGCCACAGACGCAGAACUCCAACGCCAUGUCGCUCGCCGCCAUGCCGGCUGUGACGCUGCUGGCGUUCUGCGCCCGCCUCCUGAUGACAUGAGGGGCAUGAGCAGCAACGACAUGACAGCGAACACUGAGGUCCAGGACGAGGGUGGAGCCUGGAGAGACUGCUGUACACAACACACACGCACACCCACGCACGCACACACCAGGCCGAGGAGACGUGUUGCUGCUCGCAACAUCCUGCUUGCUAACCUGCAGAGACACUUUGCUGCCACCAGAGACCGUGUUACGUCAUGAACUAGGGCUCAGGUUUAUAACAGAUCAAUCAAAUGUAUUGACGCAUGUGCCACAGUGACUGUACAGUGCCUCUAGUGGCCUCACCGAGUAUUACAACACUAGACCUAACGUCUAUUUAAUUCACCCAAAGCUGUAAACAUUACGUUGGCGUUGUCUGUCUUUAAUCACAGAUUGUAACUUUUUAUUCAAACAAGACACUAUGUUUGCUUCAUGAGACCUUUAAUGCUUUAUUUCGAAACGCACCAUUGUAACUUUUUAUUAAAACAAGACACUAAGUUUGCUUCAUGGGACUUUUAAUGCUUUAUUUUGAAACGCAUGGUGCCGCUUUUUUUUCCCAUCAUGCACUUUGUUUUGUAACUAAUGAACGUGAAUUAUUAGACAUUGCAGACAAUGAUCUUAUGCAUAUGGAUGCGGUGACAAAUAAACGUUUUGA